CGUCAAAUAUAUUCGGAAUUUUUUUUCGAAAUAUACACAGAAUCGAUAGCCUGUGUUAACAACAGCUAAUCAGUGAUCAAAUAUGUGUGCACUACUACAAUUUUUAAUUAGAUCGAUGAGAUUUUUUCGUCAUUGCGGUAAGCCGUUUGUCUUUUUCGAGUCCUGGAAGUAAGAUGUCCAUCCUAAUUUCCCAUUUGGAAAGAGAAACAAGAGCUUUACGUGAGUUUUUGGUGAAUGAAGAAAUAAGCAAUUCGACUGAUGAUUACGUCAAUAUAAUUUCUGAUAAAUCGAUCAAAGUUUUAACGGAUAUGGAUAGGGAGGUUUUCACUUCACUGUCGAUAGUAAUCCUCAUAAUAUCUGUAAUUUUGAAUUUGAUGGCUAUGGCGACUGUAUCUAGAAGGAAUUAUCGCUUUUUUCAGAAAACUUACAUCAUAUCUUUAGCGAUCUCUGAUCUUCUAACAGUUGUUUCGUUCUCAACCAACAAUCUUGCUACUUUUUCCCAACCAUACAUAAACUGGACACUAGGUUCAUUUUUAUGCCAUUUUCUACCAAUGGCGCAAGCACUGGGAGUUUUUUCCAGUUCGAUGGCUCUUCUGUUGAUCGCAAUGGAUAGAUACAGAACGAUCGUGAAAGCCAUGAACAAGAGAUGGGAUCCCAGAAAAAUGUAUUGUAUUUCUGGAUGUUUUCUUGGUUGGGUGAUAUGCGCAUGUCUUAGUGUUCCUAUGUACGUUUAUUACACCAAUGAAAUGGUCCUAGUGAUAUUCCUGGAUAAAAAUGGUAACAUACCAGCUGAUUAUAAACAAGAAGAGUUGCAUAUGUGCGUGGCUGUGGAUAAAGAACCUCUGAGAAACUCGUACAUAAUAAUGAUUAUCUUCGUAUUCGCUCCUCUACUGAUAGUUUUCUUCUGGUUUUAUUACAGCAUAGCGCAGUUGAUUUGGCGCCACAGAAAACCGGUAGAAGCUGUACCAGAAUCAAAAACCGAGACUUCUACCACCGAAACAACACUCGCAAAAACUCACGAAAACAUCAAGAAAGAAGUGGUCACGAACAACAAAAACGAACAGAUGAAAAAGAAGUUGCGCACUUUCAAGAUCAUCCUAGUCCUCAUCACCACAUUUGUGAUAUGCAGAUUGCCAUUUUGGGCUUUCACCACCAUAAAAUUGAGUUACGUUGUCAAAGGCUUCGCUGUUUGGAGAAUCAAUUACUCGAUCAGUGCCCUAAAUCUGGCGAGUACCAUCUUGAACCCUCUGUUAUACACCUAUCUGAACGUCACUGUCAGAGUGGUGUCUAAGAUUGUCAAUGCGCUGACUGCUUUUCUCUGUUGCUUCUUCUCAGACGAAGAAUUUGUGGAAUUUGAAAAGAGGAAUGUUAUACAGGAGGAAAAGAAUGUCAAAGUUAUUCAAAUGAAGAAAUAUUGAAGUGAAGAAAAACA